GGGUACUUGGCGGGACGAUAUGUACUUGUGUUAUACGAGGUAGUUCUUAUAUCAUCUCCUACAUCUAAUCUAAUAUCUAUUGGUUUUGAUGAAUCCGUUGUCAAAGAAUCAAUCUUUAUUCUCUAAUCAUCUGAUUCCCUUAUUGUCUACCAACAAUCCUCUCACUCUCACACAGUUAAAGCAAAUCCAAUCACAAAUCCUCACCAAUGGUUAUCUCGAUUCCACUGAGCUUCUCACUAGUUUCCUCUUUUCCUGUUAUCACUCUCGAAAACCAGACUACGCGAAGCUCGUUUUGCAUAGUAUUCCGAGACCCGACCCAUUGUUAUGGAAUUCGAUGAUUAGGGUUUCACUUGAAUCCCAGGACUCCAAAGGCUUCUUGGAUUUCUAUCAUGGGUUGAGGUUUUAUGGUUUCUUCCCUAAUAAAAGUACCGCUUCUUUGAUUUUACGUUCAUGUGCUGCUUUUGGGGCGGCCCGGUUAGGGGAAUCGUUUCACUGUCAGAUAGUGAAGAUGGGUUUUCAAUUUGAUGUGAUUCUGCAGACUGGGUUGCUCGAUUUUUACGCCAAGAUUGGGGAUUUGAGGUCUGCUCGGAGGGUGUUUGGUGAAAUGCCUGAGAGAGAUGUCAUUGCGAAUAAUGUUAUGGUUUCGGCUUUGAGUAGGCAUGGGUUUGUUGAUGAGGCAAAGCAGCUGUUUGAUAGUAUGCCUGAGAGGAAUGCUUCGUCGUGGAAUUUGUUGAUCACUUGUUACUGCAAAGCUGGUAAUGUGGAAUCUGCUCGCUCUAUCUUUGAUCGGAAUCCAUCAAAAGAUGUGGUUUCGUGGAAUGCUAUGAUAGAUGGAUAUUGUAAGUCAGGGCAGUUGGUUUAUGCCGAGGAAUUGUUUACAAAGUUGGGUUCCGCUAGAACUGCUGUGAGCUGGAAUACAAUGAUUGCUGGGUAUGUUCAGUUUAGGGAGUUUGUGAGAGCGAUAAAUGUGUUCCGGGAAAUGCUAGCUGAGAAUGUGCAACCAACUGCAGUGACAAUGAUCAGCUUGCUGUCUGCGUGUGCUCAUAUUGGAGCUUUAGAUAUGGGCGAAUGGGUUCAUGCCUACAUUAAAAAGAAGAGGUUUAAGGUUGAUGUUGUUUUAGGCAAUGCCCUCAUAGACAUGUAUUGCAAAUGUGGAAGGAUAGAAGCAGCUCUUGAUGUUUUUCAUGGCCUCCAUACGAAGAAUAUAUUUUGUUGGAAUUCCAUCAUUGUGGGUCUAGGAAUGUAUGGCUAUGGUAAUGAAGCUAUCGAGGCCUUUAACUCGAUGCAAAUGGAAGGUAUAAAACCUGAUGGGGUUACCUUUCUGGGACUUUUAUGUGCUUGUAGCCAUUCAGGUUUGGUUUCCCAAGGCAGAAGUUAUUUCUCUGAAAUGAAGAGUUUUUAUGGCGUUGAACCUGGAAUUGAACAUUACGGAUCGUUGGUUGACCUUUUGGGUCGAUCGGGGCUUCUUCAAGAAGCACUGGAACUCAUAAGGACCAUGCCUCUGAAGCCAAAUGUCGUUGUUUGGGGAAGCUUGCUCCGGGCAUGUCACGUUCACAAGGAUACCAAACUAGGCGAACAGGUUACUCAGCAUCUUCUGAACUUGGAUCCACAUGAUGGAGCAAACUAUGUGUUCUUGUCCAAUCUUUAUGCCUCUCUAAACCGAUGGAGUGAUGUUGAUAUGUGCCGGAAGUUAAUGAACGAGAGGGGAGUUUCCAAAAUGCCCGGAUGCAGUUCAAUUGAAGUGGAGAAUAUACUACACGAAUUCGUUGCUGGUGACACUUCACAUCCUCAGUUCCCUCAAAUUAACGCGUUCUUGGAUAAGAUUGCCAAGGAUCUGCAGGCUAAUGGCUAUGAACCCGAUACAUCUUCUGUGCUGCAUGACAUUGAGGAUGAAGAGAAGGAGAGUAUCGUUAGAUACCACAGCGAGAGAAUUGCUGUUGCUUUUGGCCUGAUGAACACGCCACCUGGAAAAAUAAUUCGGAUUGUUAAGAAUCUAAGAACGUGUAACGAUUGUCAUUCAGCCAUGAAGUUUAUUUCGAAAGUAUACAAGAGAGAGAUAGUCGUGAGGGAUAGGAAUAGGUUUCAUCACUUCAGGGAUGGGCAUUGCUCUUGCAAGGACUAUUGGUGAUUAAUCGGGACUUAUUCCCAUAUGGCUACGUUCCUUUUCAUUUCCUUUUGAUCGGUCCAACCUCAACAGCUCGGAAGAUUAAAGUCAUUCUGUCACGACAUUAUCUCGAAGAGUGUAGGAUAACGAUGGCAAUUCCGGGCAGUGAAGGGUCAGAUCUUCCAGUCAGAUCGAACGAGAUGAAGAAUGGGGUUCAUCCAAGGUGUCGUUCCAAAGAUUUGUCGAGGAACAACUCGUUUGAAGUCUACUAUGGAGGUGCACCAGUUGGCGUUCCUUUCAGGUGGGAAUCUUGCCCGGGGACCCCGAGAAUCAAGUCUAGGGAAUCUCGGCUUCCUCCCCUCACGCCCCCACCUUCGUUCAUGUCAAGUCCUGCGAGGAAAGACGGUGCGAAAAAGCAAAGAAAGGUUAACCUUUUACACAGCCUUCUCCCCAAACUCACCGUCAAGAAAAGCCAUCUGCAGCUCCAGUCACCGCCAGCUUCAUCAUCAUCGCCAUCGUCUUCCUCAUCAUCAUCAUCGUCUCCCUGGUCUCGUUCAUCACAUUCGGCUCCAGGCUCACCUUCUGCUCCGAACUCAAACCUUCAUGCUAGAUUUCCCAACACGAGGCCAUCACCCGAUGAUGAUGAUGAUGGUAACUAUGAAUCGUCUGUUUCAAGUCCAUGUUUUUGCAUUGGUCGAACUCCAAAAGCUAGAUCCCGCGGAUUGUCAUCAAAUAUGCUCAAGCUUUUGUUCAGAGAAUUUGCAUGAAUUUACAUGGUGCCACCAUGUUUACUCGAUCUCUUAGUCUUAAUUUUGCCAACAUCUGUAUGAUCAUGAAACAUAGAAAAAAAUUUGCAGUAUAAUUACAGCCCCCUGGUUGCUCAA